AUGAGCCUACAAGCGUUAACUCCAGUCAACUGUGCAGGGCUUCUACAGCCUGGAUGCUCCCUGCUGCAGAUGGAUGGUGAAGUCUUGUUAUUUGGCCAAAAAGGCUGGCCUAAGCGCUCCUGCCCAACAGGAAUAUUUGGGGUACGGCUACAACGUGAUGAGCUUAAGCUGAAACCCAUCUCCUUCUCUAAUGACUCCUGCUACCUUCCUCCUUUACGCUGCCCUGCUGUUAGCCGCCUUGACCCUUAUGAUGGCUAUCCGGAGAGUUACAUCAUCCACGGAGGCCGCACACCCAACAACGAGAUUUCAUCCAGCCUGUACCUGCUGACCAUGGAUAGCCGGGGCUGCAAUCGGAAACUGACCUUGCGCUGCAAAGAGAAAGAACUAGUUGGAGAACUGCCUGGGGCCCGAUACGGCCACACGUGCACCAUGGUCCGGAGUCAUGGGAAGACGGCAUGUCUACUGUUUGGAGGGCGGUCUUAUAUGCCCGCAGGUGAGCGGACCACUGAGAGCUGGAACAGCGUGGUAGAUUGUCCUCCACAGGUAUUCUUAUUUGACCUGGAGUUCGGCGUUUCGUCCGCUCACACUUUACCCGAGCUCAGUGAUGGACAGUCUUUCCAUCUGGCUAUUGCUAGGGAAGACUGUGUCUACUUUCUAGGUGGUCACUCACUCAGUUCUGAUGCUCGACCUCCUCGACUCUUUCGCUUGCAUGUGGAGCUCCUUCAGGGCAGUCCUGUGCUUUCAUGUGAGGCCUUAGACUCCGGUAUGUCCAUCUCCAGCGCCCUCAUCACCCGUACAGGACCGUCUCACAGAUACAUCGUCUUAGGAGGCUAUAAGGCUGAUUCUCAAAAGAGAAUGGAGUGUAGCACUGUCAUUCUGGAUGAGAAAGGGAUCCACAUCGAGCCCUUAGACCCGCCACAGUGGCCCCCAGAUGUCAGCCAUAGCCGCACUUGGUUUGGUGGCACUGUCGGAGAGGGAAGUGUCCUAAUAGCUGUCCCGACUGAGGGACAGCUAUCCCAGACAGAUAUGUAUUACUUCUACCAGGUGAGCUUCCAGACCAAGGAUGAAAACACACCAGAGGAAGGACUCCAGAGCUGCAGCCAAGAGUCAACAGAUUUUGAGAACUCUACUCCUCUAGAAGACUCAGAGGAGUUGUACUUUGGUCGCGAGCCCCAUGAGCUGGAGGACAGCAGUGAUGAAGAAGAUGCUUACAAUGAAGAGGAUGAGGAAGAUGAAUCACAAACAGGCUACUGGAUCAAAUGCUGCCUGGGGUGUCAGGUGGACCCCAACACAUGGGAACCUUACUACUCCACUGAGCUGUACCGACCAGCCAUGAUCUUCUGCUCCAGGGGGGAGGGAGGUCAUUGGGUCCAUGCUCAGUGCAUGGAGCUAUCUGAGACCCUGCUACUCCGGCUCUCUCAGGGCACCAAAAAGUACUUUUGCCAGGACCAUGGCGGGCUGCCAUACCAGGAGAUGACCACAACUCGAGAGAUCACUCCACUGAAACGCACUCCGAUGAAAGUGAAGCUCAGGAAAACGCCCCCUACACUCAAGAUGUCACCUGCAAAAAAAAGCUUUUUCAGGAGGCUUUUUGACUGA